AUGGGUGUCACUGAGAUUAAGUCUGCCAAGGAGUGGGAGGACCUCGUUGUCAAGAGCAAGGAGCCCGUCGUUGUCGACUUCUUCGCCACCUGGUGCGGUCCCUGCAAGGCCGUUUCUCCCCUCGUCGAGAAGCUCAGCGAGAGCGCCACCUCCGUCAAGUUCUACAAGGUCGACGUCGACGAGCUCUCCACCGUCGCCGCUGAGAACGGCAUCUCCGCCAUGCCCACCUUCCUCUUCUACAAGGACGGUCAGAAGCGUGACGACCUCACUGUUCGCGGUGCUCAGCCUCCUCUGAUCCAGAAGGCUGUCGCCGAGAUCGCCGCCUAA